AUGGCGUGGAUAUGUCAUCACUCACGAAGCAUUUUUGAUGUCGCUCGACGCGUUGCAAGUUGCAUUUUCCUGUUUCAUUUUUAUAUUGUUCCACCCAUAUGUUAUGUGGGGCCCAAGAUCACAACUCCAUGCGCUACAAAAGGAAGUGAGCGAACUGGAGAAAUACAAGGAAGAGGCUGUCAACGGCGACCUCGAGGAAGGCGACGGAGUCGAAAGUACCAUUUCUGGUGGCAGCCUGUGGCACUAAAGAUUUACGUGAGCCCGUCUCACAUCCGUGCUUCAUGUGAUUAUUUCACUGUCGCAUGGGAAAUCUAUUUUUCUUAUUUGCUGUGUGGCAACAAUGGUGUACGUGAGUCGAAACGGUCAAUCUGCAAGCCAGUAAGCUGCCCGUCGCAUGAACUACGAGCCUGGGACUACAAAGACAUCGUGCACGCUAUCGAUCCAUGUAUUCCUCCGUCAUUAAUUAUAUAG